GGAGGUUCUUCCCAUGGCUUACCUCCAAGCACAACUUUCUUCCUUCUUCCUCUCCUUUCUCCUCCCUCCUCCUCCUUUCGAUUUCAAUCCCUUAUCGUUGAUCUUUGCCAAAGCUUUAUGAGUAUGAAAAUGGAGAAUCCGGCUACUGUUACAGAGGAAUCCGAUGAUCAGUCGUCAGUAAAAUCUGACGACCAAUCGUCGCCUAAGUCGGACGAUAGCAGCGGAUCGAACCGCGUGAAGUUUCUGUACAGCUAUGGAGGCAGAAUUCUUCCUCGCCUCGGUGAUGGAAUCCUCCGUUACGUCGGCGGGGAGACCCGAGUCAUGGCUGUCAACAGAAACGUCACUUUUUCAGAUCUCAUGGCCAAAAUAGCGGAGUUGUUGGGCUCGAUCGUGGCGCUCAAGUGCCAGCUGCCUACUCAAGAUCUUGAUGCUUUGGUUUCCAUCAAAUCCGAUGAGGAUUUGGACAAUUUGUUGGAGGAAUACGAUGGACUGAGGAGCUCCUACAAAGUUAGGGCUUUCCUAUUCCCGUUAAAUCCUCCUCCACCGGCGGUCGCAAAUCAUUCCUGCCCGCAACUGAUUCCUCAGGGCAGCCCUCCGACCGUCCAGAAGCUUCGCGGGCAGAUCCCUGUGCAAAUAAUCUCCAAGGGCGGUCGUCCUCCGAGACCGCCUCUCGUUUCUUCAGAUGCGCAAAACGACCGGCCAGUCAGGUAUGCAACUCAAAUCUCCGCCAUGGCGUCUCAGCAGAACUCUGCCGGGAGAGCCGUGUCAAAAGCCUUCGUCGAUCAUUCGUCCUGGGCGCAUCUUGUUUGCAGGCGAAGUAAUAACUACAAUAAUCUUUACGCUUCUUCUCGGAUUCAACCGGCGCAGCUUCCAUUCUCAAAGAAGGCGACGAAGAUUCCACAACAGCGUAGUCAAACAACAGCACCUUAUGAGAAGAGCACAAGAACCUUUGAAAGCAUGCAGUUCCUUGUCCAGCACUAGCGGAUUCAAUUUUUUUCACAAUCCCUUCAUGUAUUUUACAUAGGAGCAUAUAUAUAAACUUUUCCGAGCGGCAACUUAUAUACUA